GCCCCGCCCCUCGUCCUGCCCCCGCCGUCAGCUCGGCCCCGCGCGCCCCGGAGCACGUGGCUAUGCCCGGCUGGGCUGUUAGCGCGCAGGCUCAGUGCCCGCCGAGCCGCUGGCCGCCCCGCGCCCAUGGAGGGGAGCCUGGUCCGCGCCUUCGGGGCCCUGAGCCUGCAGCCCCCGGCCCGGGCGCCGCCCCGCAGGCGCCGCUUCAGCAAACGCCUCUACCUGCUGCGCGGCCUGCCCGGCUCCGGGAAAACCACGCGGGCCAGACAACUGAAACGUGAAUUUCCUGGUGCUGUGAUUCUUAGCACUGAUGACUUUUUCUUCACAGAAGAUGGCACCUAUGUGUUCAGACAUGAUUGUCUAGAAGAAGCACACUUAUGGAACCAAAAGAGAGCACAUACAGCAAUGAAGAAUGGGAAAUCCCCGGUUAUUAUUGAUAAUACCAACAUCCACGCUUGGGAAAUGAAGCCAUAUGUGAUUAUGGCACGUGAGAAUAAUUAUGAAGUUAUAUUCCAAGAACCUGACACACACUGGAAAUUCAAUGUUCGAGAGUUAGCAAGAAGAAACAGUCAUGGUGUCCCGAGAGAAAAGAUACAGCGCAUGAAAGACCAGUAUGAGCAUGACAUUACCUUUCAUAUCGUGCUUCACUCUGAAACACCAAGCAGAGAUGGCAGACAUUCCAGUGGACCCAAUGCCGCUCACAACACUGUGGCUUAUUCCAGUAUGUGUCCUACAUUCCCAAACAGAAGAAUGCACAGCCGCUACACAAAUGAAAGAUCAUUUAAUAGAGGUGGAUUCCAGAAUGUAUUUUAGUAUUGCAUAAGGGUUUAAAAGACUAAAAAAAUUUAACUUUUUACUCUCAAUUUUUGUAUUUUUCUACUAAAUCUAAAUCAGGAGUUAUUUCUGUUAAUUUACAAGGCUUAAAAUAUUACUGUAAUGUUGUUUUGUCAAUUACACAAUCUGAGAUCACUGAAACCAAUAUAAACUGUACACACCAUCUCUGUCCCAGUACACCCAGUGUUGGCCAAUUUUCCUUGUUCAGUCAUGUCUUAACCUUCAAUUAUAAAUUUAUAAAUGUGGUUUGUCUCUUGCCUGUACACGAUCAUGAACAUUUCUGGUGCAGUGUAAUUAUUUCUUCCUGUCUUCCAGGCCCAUUCUCUCUCCUUCUCCCCUCAUAUACAGUCUCUCGCUAAUGCCAAUCACUUCUUUCUCCCUAAUAGUUCCAAAAUCCACCCUUUCUUCUUGGUCUCUGUUGCUAAGACACUUGUCCAUGUUGUAGUCUUUUUUAGCUUCUCUACUUUCUCCUGCCUGGCCUGAGUGCUUCUCACCUCUUCCCACCUCAGCUUGACCAAUGUAAACUUUCAAUUCUUCCAUUGGUUUCCUGUCUUCUUACAGGAAAUUCACCUUACAAGACUCUACAUAACGGUCUUUCUAUCUGCAUCACUGCUUUUAUUACUCAUGCUCUUCUCAGUCCUUUCACUUUGCUCCCCACUUUCCCCAAACUGUUUCACGCAGUCUCUCUUGCUGCCCUUCUACACCUACUCUCUCUAUCCUUAUCUGCCAAACACCACCUCUCUCCUCAUUCAAACGCCUUUUUCAGCAAUCCCUCUUCCCUUCAUUAAUAAUCACCCCCUUCCUGCCCUUUUCCUGAACUGUUGUUCUGUAUUUGUCUUAUACUGUAAGCUCUUUAGGACAGGGAACAUAUUUUGAAGUGCAAUGUAAAUUAAUGGCAUCAUAUAAAAAUUUAAAAUAAAAUAAUAACAACAGAAAGAAAUAACAAAGACCUAAAUGCUAUACUUCCAUAUCGGGGACAUCAAAAAACCACCAGAGAUCUAGAACAAUUUACUAAAGACAACUGAGUCAAUUGUCUUGCAACCUUACCUUGAGAAACGACCAAAAAUGUUUGUAGUUAUUCCUUUGCACAUCGUGUUGGUUUUUAAAAGACAUUUUAUCACAGCACUAAGACAAUUCAAAGUAUGUUGACAUUAAAUUAUGACACCUAGAUAGUGUGAAGAUGCACAGCUUGAUUUUCAGAGCAGCUAAUAUUAUUGUCUUGUCCUCUUCUAACUCCAUUUUUGUCUGUUUCAUCCCUGUUGCAUCUAGUCCAGCGGUUCUCAAACUUUAGCAACCUGAAGAUCCUCAUUUUGAUUUAAAAAUUUUCAUCCUCAUUUUGAUUUAAAAAUUUUCACGGACCCCCAAAACAGCUUCUAAUUUUCCCCAGGGGUGCUCAACCACGGCUCAGCCCCAGGCCCCGCGCCUACUCCACCCUUUCCCCCAAUGCCCCACCCCUGCCCCAUUUGCAGACCCCCGUUUGAGAACCACUGACCUAGUCAAUAUCCUAAACUGUGAGUUCUCUCAAGCAAGGGCAAUUUAUUGUUUGUUUGUACAGCUCUUAGCACAAUGGGCCCUGAUCCUUGAUUCGGGCCCUUAGGCGCUACUGUAAUAAUAAAACUAAUAAUUAAAUGGGGAAUGUGGAGACUUGCCUCUGAAAGUUAGGCUGCAGGGCCAUAUUUUUAAAUUUGGGUGUCUAAAGUUGACACCUAAAUAUGGAUUUAGAAACAACAUUUUAGGCAUACAAGUUCGAACCUGAGCAGUUUGCCUUGGGCCUCAUGGUUAGCCUUGUCAUAUUAGACCAUAUGAAAUCUUUUCGUUCCUUAUCACUCCAGGAUGGACAGUUCACGUACACUGCACUAGUUAUGGAGUUAUCCGGCAUUUGACAUUGUGUAUCACACAGUAUCCAUGAGGAACACAACAUCCUUUGUACAAUAUUACUUAUAAGAAUUUGUGUACAGAUAAUUGGGCUUUUUCUUGGUGCUUGGGUACUACACUACACUCUGGUUCCUGCUUUGUGGCACAUCUCUUUAGACUUGUUAUUGUGUAAAACUUGAUUUCUCUAGUAAUCUAACUGGAAAUGCACAUUCUCUGUUCAUUUGUUGUAGUAUCUAUAGACAUGAAAUCUCUGCCUUGGCCUUUGAAAAAGGGUCACAAAAACAUUAAAGUAGCCUAAGAAUAGUGGGCUUAUUUACAACAGAAAAAAAGUAUAAACAGGAAAAACAAAAAAUUGUUAAUGUCAUGGUUGGCUUGGCUUGCAAGUUAUAUUGCUUUUCACUGUGCAAACUACUGGCCAAGCAGAGGGAUGGCUUCCCUGUUAGGUAAUCAGGAGACAACUCUGGCUUUAUAAUCAAAAUAGAUUGUGAACAGAAGAGGAUGAAAAUAUACACAAUAUUUUCAUAUUUAUAAUAAUGCAAACAAACAAAACCCCACACAUUAAAAUGCAUUGUUUUUCAAGUCAUUUAGGAGGCCUCAUGUGCUGAGACUCAGGGAGGUUUGGGUGAAGAGGGAGAAUUUUGUCCUGAUAUUUCAAAAACAGAAAGUUAGUCAAAAGGUAGUCAAGCAGAAGAAAUCUAAAAAACUUUAUAAGUAUUUGAAUGUAUGGAAGUUUUCUCUGUCUAAACUAUGUCAAAUAAAAAGAUAAAAUUGGACCUUUUAUUUUCCUUUUUUAAGUGUGAAAAAAUAAUCUACCUUAAAAACAUGCAUGACCACCACCAAAAAAAUAAAGAAUAUAUGAGAGUGGUUUGUGUAUUAUAAAGUUUGGGUAUUAAGGCAUGUGAGCUGAGGAAGCCUUUGCCGAACCACAUCUCUGUGUCUGUUUACCCAUUUAUAAAAAUGGAGAUAAUGUUUACCGACCUAACUCACACGGGAGUUGUGAGCAUUCACUAGAUAAUGUCUCUAUAGUGCUUUGAGCACACAGAAUGUCAAAGAACUCUAAGUAUGUCAUUAUGGUGUGGAUGAGCACGUUGGUUUAGCUGGUGAUGUGCCUGAUUUCUAGUGAUUGCUUUAUUAGGAAAGUGGAAUUUAUUAUCUGAUAAUUUUCUUUCUGCUAACAGCUUCUCUCCUCAUUCAUCUCUAAUGAGUCAAUGUGCCACACCUGUGGAAUUCAGAGAUGACCCAGUGUUGUUGCUGGAAGCCCCAGGACUAAGCCCCGCCCUUCAGCUCAGGUCACCAGGAGAGUUCUUCCAAAGCUGUAGAAAUACUCCAGGAACCGAUUAUUACCAUUAAGACAACAGGCUUGAUACAUCAAUGAACCCUAAGGCAAAGAGAUUCUUUUCCAGUUGUUUAUCAGGAUGGAUUGAGGAGCUGCUAGCAGAAAGAAAACCAUCAAGUAAUAACUUUCUGGUUAUGCAGCACAGUUUCUCUUCUCAUUCAUCAAUAACAGCUGGUAGCAAGCAGCAAAUCAUAGAGGGGGGAGGAUUGGGAAGAAGGAGCAGAGUUUUAAGCAUUAUUAUAGUAGAACAAUAGGUAGAAAUGAAAAAGUGUUACUCCAUAUAAAGCCAGAGUUUUGUAAUUUAAACAAUUAUUUGAGGAUAAACCCAAUAGCACCUUCUUACCUUAGAACAGUACUACAGAGAAAUGGAAAGCUACUUUGAAAUCUUUAUUAUGUGAAGCUCAUACACUUUCCCCCCACAAUACCACUAGGGUCCUUGUAGAGAAACUCUUGAUUCCUUCUCCAUAAAUAGUUUCCUAGAUGUUUAGCAUGCCAGCUGGGGCAGGAUUUUGACAUCUUGCUGCAGCAAAUUGCGGCCUUAAGGCCCUGACAUUUUGGAUGGAAUGAUCUGAGCAGAGUACAAUUGGUGUGUGUUUUCCAUAUGUUUGAGAUAUACUUUAAUCAUUUUCCGAAGGGUGCUAAGGAUUAAAACAAACAAUGGGAGAACUAUUUCUCAGGAAUUGUGGAAAGAAGAAUUUACCUUGAACAAAAAGAUUUCUGGAACGAAGAGUAACUUUUUCCUCCUGACACCACCUAUGUCAGUGUGCCUGACGUAGAUCAAGGAACUAAUUCCAUAACCUGUCUGUAUUCCACUUAGGGUUAUGCGCAUGUGCCAUGUGCCUCUAGCCAAAGCUUUUUCGAAGUAGUAAUGUCUGUUGGUCUGUGCAUGCGCCCUUGCACUGCAUUGUGAUUUUGCCCAAGGUGAUAAAGGGCAGGGCAGACCGACUGUAUCUUUGAUUCCUUCCCCACCACAGAUGGAAAUAUGUAUCUAAUAUGCAAAUUAGAUACAAUUAACACUCGCCUAAACAGAGACUGGGAAUGGUUGGGUCAUUACACUAAUUGAAUCUAUUUCCCUAUGUUAAGUUCUCCUCACACC